AUGGGUGGUGAUAGCGAGGAUCCUUACACGAUCCCAACCGUUAUGGGCACAGUGGAUGUUAACCAAGGUAUCACGUCACACAAAACUGCUACAAUCCGAAACUACAACACACAACCGCGUCUCGUAUACAAGACUGUCACCGGUGUGAACGGACCGCUUGUUAUUCUGACCGAUGUCAAAUUCCCGCAGUUCAGCGAGAUUGUCCGUAUCACUUUGCCGGAUGGCUCCAGGCGAUCAGGGCAAGUACUUGAAAUCACGAGGAACAAGGCUGUCGUACAGGUCUUCGAAGGAACUUCUGGUAUUGAUGCUAAGAACACUAUCUGUGAGUUUACCGGUGAUAUACUCCGCUCACCUGUAUCAGAGGACAUGCUUGGCCGUAUUUUCAAUGGCUCUGGAAAACCUAUCGAUAAAGGGCCUCCCGUUCUGGCAGAAGAUUUCCUAGACAUUAACGGACAACCUAUCAACCCGUGGUCGCGCAUUUACCCAGAAGAAAUGAUCCAAACUGGCAUUUCUGCUAUCGACGUCAUGAACUCUAUUGCUCGUGGUCAGAAAAUCCCUAUAUUUUCUGCUGCCGGCCUUCCCCACAACGAAAUCGCCGCACAAAUUGUGCGUCAAGGAGGUCUUGUCCAGCUUCCUGAUCGUAAGCACGAAUCUUCUGACUCAAACUUUGCCAUUGUCUUUGCUGCUAUGGGCGUUAAUAUGGAAACUGCUCGCUUCUUCAAGCAAGAUUUCGAAGAAAAUGGAUCCAUGGAGAACGUUUGUCUUUUCCUAAAUUUGGCGAACGACCCAACCAUCGAACGCAUUAUCACGCCUCGCCUCGCCCUCACUGCAGCUGAGUUCUUCGCAUACCAGUGCGAAAAACACGUACUCGUCGUGCUUACUGACAUGUCGUCUUACGCUGAAGCGCUUCGUGAGGUCUCUGCUGCUCGUGAAGAAGUACCUGGUCGUCGGGGUUUCCCAGGUUACAUGUACACUGAUUUGGCUACUAUUUAUGAACGUGCUGGUCGUGUAGAAGGACGGGAUGGUUCCAUAACUCAAAUUCCAAUCCUCACUAUGCCCAAUGACGACAUCACUCAUCCUAUACCUGAUCUCACUGGAUACAUCACAGAGGGGCAAAUUUACGUUGACCGUCAGCUUCAUAACCGACAGAUUUACCCCCCUAUAAAUGUGUUACCUUCACUGUCGCGUUUGAUGAAGUCCGCUAUCGGUGAAGGAAUGACGCGCGAAGACCAUUCUGACGUAUCUAAUCAGUUAUACGCCUGCUAUGCUAUUGGAAAAGAUGUGCAAGCUAUGAAAGCAGUUGUUGGAGAAGAAGCAUUGUCAUCGGAUGAUCUCCUCUAUCUUGAAUUCUUGGUUAAAUUUGAAAAGAACUUCAUUACGCAAGGAAACUAUGAAAACCGAACCGUUUUCGAGUCCCUCGAUAUUGGAUGGCAGCUUCUUCGUAUAUUUCCUAGGGAAAUGCUGAAACGAAUUCCUGAGAGCACACUUGAUAAGUAUUAUCCUAGGGUUGGUACGAAAGCUGAUUAA